GGCCUGCGGCGCGCGCGGCGGGGUGGACGCCGGUUCCGGUCGCGAGCGCGCUCCGGUUUCCCCGCGUCGCAGCGGCUGGCAGCGCCAUGGCGGCGGCCGCGUGGAUGCCUACGGUUUCUCGGUUGCUAGGUGCUUUCAAAAACCAAAAACAGGUGACCAGAAGUUUUGGUAGUGCUGUGCAAACAGUAACUUUAAUCCCAGGAGAUGGCAUAGGACCUGAGAUUUCUGCUGCUGUCAUGAAGAUCUUUGAUGCUGCCAAAGCCCCUAUUCAGUGGGAAGAGAGGAACGUUACAGCUAUCCAAGGACCAGGAGGAAAGUGGAUGAUACCUCCUGAUGCCAAAGAAUCCAUGGAUAAAAACAAAAUGGGAUUAAAAGGGCCUUUAAAAACCCCAAUUGCUGCAGGGCACCCAUCAAUGAAUCUGCUUCUGCGCAAAACCUUUGACCUUUAUGCGAAUGUCCGCCCCUGUGUCUCAAUUGAAGGAUACAAAACCCCAUACACAGAUGUAAACAUUGUCACAAUUCGAGAGAACACAGAAGGCGAAUACAGUGGAAUUGAGCAUGUGAUUGUUGAUGGUGUUGUGCAAAGUAUCAAGCUAAUCACAGAAGAAGCAAGCAAGCGAAUUGCAGAAUUUGCUUUUGAGUACGCUAGAAAUAAUCAGAGAAGUCAUGUUACUGCUGUGCACAAGGCAAAUAUUAUGAGAAUGUCUGAUGGGCUUUUUUUGAGAAAAUGCCGGGAGGCAGCGGAAAACUGUAAAGAUAUUAAAUUUAAUGAAAUGUAUCUGGAUACUGUGUGUCUGAAUAUGGUUCAAGAUCCAUCACAAUUUGAUGUGCUUGUUAUGCCAAAUUUGUAUGGUGACAUCCUCAGCGACUUAUGUGCUGGAUUGAUUGGGGGUCUUGGAGUAACACCAAGUGGAAAUAUUGGUGCUAAUGGAGUCGCAAUUUUUGAAUCGGUUCAUGGAACUGCUCCAGACAUUGCAGGAAAGGACCUGGCAAAUCCAACUGCUCUUCUUCUGAGUGCCGUAAUGAUGUUGCGUCAUAUGGGACUGCACAAACACGCCACGAAAAUUGAAACAGCUUGCUUUGAUACAAUUAAAGAUGGAAAGGUCUUGACAAAAGACUUGGGAGGUAACGCGAAGUGUUCAGAAUUCACAGAGGAGAUCUGCCGCAGAGUACGGGACACAGACUAAACUUUGCUCAUACUACUUGUAAUAACUCCUGAAGGACACAUCAUACAAACUACACUAUAUGUAACUUGAUAUCCAUAUGCAUAUAGUUUGCGUAUUCUUCAGAGAUUAAACUUUUGAGUUAGGGCCUCUCCAUUAAUAAAUAUGGCCCAAAAGGCUACAAAUGAUGCUUGUGCCUGCUUUCAGUGGACUUUUCUAAGUGCUUUGUUGUAUUUAUUUGUUUCUAUCUGGUGAACUUUUUAUGUCCAAGUGAAUUAUUUUAUUGUCAUUGUAACUGUCUACCAUUUUCCAUUUCAAUUAAACGGUUUUUACUUUACUGGAAGAAAAGCUGUGUAAAUAUAACGAUAACAGAAUUGGUAAAUUGUAAAGGCACCUUAAUGUUUAAAACCUAGUUUAUUGGUCUCACUGAAAUGUAAAAGAUAAAUAGGUUUUCAGCCUAACAAUAGCACAAAAUGAUCUUUACAAAAAGAAACGGGUAUAACAUAAUUUAAAUAGCAAUUUUGCGUUAAAAGCAAUGAAGAAAUACUUUUAAGUGCUCUGGCGAUCCAUGGAAUACAACUUUGUUCUCCAAGGGUAUAAAGAAAUGAAAAAUUCUAGAGACUUAGAAACCAGCUAUAGAUGAGAAAUAAUGUUGAAGUAAAAUUAUCUUUCAAAGCUAACUAUCCAAAUAAUUCUUUUAAGUUUUCCUCUCUGAAACAUACUUUAAUGUACAGCAGAGUUCUCCUAAUGAAGAGUAAGUUAUACAAAUUUAUUUCUGGUAUAUAUUGUGAGGAGGAAAGCAUUAACUUUGCAAAUCUAUACAAAAUACUUCAUUCAGGAUUCAGACUUCAGCUGAAAUGCUUUUUGUAUUCUACUUUGCUUUUAUGCAGUCUGUUCAAUGUGUCUUACUGUAUUGGCUAAGAAGUAUAGUCUAGAAACUCUGAAUAUAAUGGACUAAACCUAAAGGGAUUGAGAGAGAUCAAAGGUUUGGCUCUAGUGCCAAGGUUCCAGAAGUACCUUUCAUCCCUAUUCCAGGGGCUCUGAGACUUAAUGAGUGCAAAAGCAACCCCCCCCCCCCUUUUUAUUCAUAUAUGGGAGAUAGAAACGUGUGUUAUUCUUACCUGGAUGUCUUAAGAUACGCUUAGUACAUCCUACAAGAAAAUGCACAUUUUAAAGUUCCUAGCUAUAGGACAGGAUUAUCACUACUGCCAGAAAUGGCUUCUUAGAGCUUAAUUCCAUUAAUACGCAUUACUCCACUUAGUUACUUUCUUUUAAGACUGUUUAGGCUGGUUGUUGCAGAAGUAAAAUCCCCCCGACUUAAUUUCAUCUAGUGUCACUCUAUAACAUAAGCAUCCCAACCUUGUGUACAGUUCAACAACAUGUGUUAGGAAAGGGAAAAGAGCUUUUUUUGUGUGUGCACUCUGUGCUUGGACAAUAGGGUAACAUUUCCUUCUGUGGGAUUCAAAAGAUACAGUGAUCUCAGAAUUUUAGCUGAAUUUGAAUGCAUAUACUCUUGCUGCUGCUUCCUUUAGCUUAUUCUAGUUAAAGAACUUCUGAGUUACUGUAACGCACAACAUGGAAAAAAAUAAAAGACUUUUCAAAGUCCUA